AUGAAUGAUGGAAUGAAUAGAAUGAAAGUGUGAAAAUUAUAUCUUUUAUUUUAAUAAGUCACUAAUGAUUCUUUUUUUCUUAAUUCCAGUGUUUUUUUUCUUUACACAUACUUUCAUCUGUCAUUAUUCCAUAUCCAAUGAAAUUGCAUGGUUAUAUUUUCUGGUUGAUUUUCUUCAAGAUUUAUUUGUGCUUUAUUCCAUUUAUUUUGUCAAAUUGCUAGGAGAAAUCCAUUUGGUAGGUGUCUCUAAGAAUGGUAAAAUCCUAAUUCCUGGACCCAAAGACCUGGUCCUAGGACCUAGUCUGCAGAUCUUUAAGUCGACCAGAAGUGGACCAGAUCCUACAAAGUCCUUUAUACCGUUUUCAGAUGGCAGUUUUACGAACUGUGAAUUAUGUUUUUGCUGGUUUUUUUAAAAACUUGUUGAGCAAAAAUUUUUUUUGUAUUUUGAAUAUGAUAUAAAAUUAGUAAUGUGCCAAUAUAAUAUAAGAUAUUAAAAGAUGUUUUCUUUUUAAUAUCUGGACUUUAUUCGUAAUUGCUUAAAGCUUUUAAUAAACGGUCCAUUGUUUUACCAUAACUGAUAAGAGAUAGAGUC